AUGAUGGAACGUACAUUGAAUAUGGAGAACAAGCAGCAGAGUGAAGGCAAUGACGAUAGAAAAUAUAAUGAUGUUGGUUUACCACCAAUGGUUCCAGUAAAGCCAGCAAAAGGAGUUGUAACAGGACAGGAUGGAAAAGGAAUGUGUGUGGACAUGAGGAAUGAAGGUCACAGAGAAGAGCAGAAGCAGCAUCAGCAGCAUGGAAAGCAGCAAGUAUAUGGAAAGCGAAGAGAUGGAAAGCAGCAGCAGUAUCAUGGAAAGCAGCAUCAGCAGCAUGGAAAGCAGCAGCAGUAUCAUGGAAAGCAGCAUCAGCAGCAUGGAAAGCAGCAGCAGUAUCAUGGAAAGCAGCAUCAGCAGCAUGGAAAGCAGCAGCAGUAUCAUGGAAAGCAGGAUUCAAUUUCUCAAGAGAAAGUGAAUAAUAAAUUGGAAGAAGUUACAAUGACACGGAAAAUUGCUGCACAUGUGGAUCGAAGACGAAAAUGGCCGAUGAAAGCAUUGAAAAGUGAAUCCAGUGGCAUUUCACAGACAUCUGCAAGGAUGUUAUUCCAUUGUUCAUGUCAAUUACUCAAGAAUCAGUCAUUGGAAUUUGAUGUACGUGCUCGAGAAAUGGAAGAACGUAAUGCAGCACAGAUGAGAGAGAUUCAAGAGUGGGAAAAGAGAAUUCGUAGUCUCAAACGUGAACUAGAAGAAUACACGGACGAGCAAGUACUUGAGUCAAGAGAUCGAGCUCUUGUGAAAGCUUCACAUGUAUAUAUGGCAACGCGAGGAACAAGAGAUGAACAACGAAAUGCAUUGCCAUCUACGACUGUAGGGCUUGGCGCAGUUGAGACAUCGUUGCCACCAGCGGUCAUUGCUACCGAGGCCAAGUUGCAAGACGAGCUGCAUAAACGUACGCAAAAGGUUAAGGACUUUUACAAGAGUGUACCAGGCUUUAUCAAGUUACGGGACGAGCAGACGUCUCGUUAUUUCUGA